CUUUCUCUUCGAACACUUGGCGAUGGUUGGGAGCGCGUCAGCGAAAGCUCGAGGAGUUCGUGGCCUUUGAAUCGCUUCGUCUUCGUCUUCGUCUCUUGUUUGAUCGGAGACGAGAGAUUUGGAAUCCGGGAAGGCGUAGUGUGGAUUGGGAGAUUGGGAAGGGAUUUGGUGGAGUUUUGGGAAUGGCGGGGGCGUGUGUGGCGUCGCCGCUGUGUACGUGGUUGGUGGCGGCUUGUGUGACGGGGGCGUGGGAUAAGGAGAGGCCGAAGGGGGUGCAGUGGGCGAGAAAGAGGAGGGCAGCGGUGAGGAGGGGGAGGGAGUCGUCUAAGGGGUUGAUCUCGGCGUUCUAUGGGUCUGGGAUCCAGGGUUUGAUGAGCUCCUUCGAGCCUUGCCCUGAGUUUUAUAGUAGCUCGAGGAAUGCGUCGGUGUUCUUUGGCGAGAAUGGCUUCUCUUUGUUUGGAGCUUGGAAGCCCGAGAACUCUCGCAGCCAGCGGAGAACCGCCAGAUCUCCUGCAGGACAGGCUAUGGCAGUGGCUGUGACACCUGCAAAGGAAGUUGCAGGAAAAAAGAGAACUCCGACGAAACAGAGGAGGGUAGUAGUGACUGGGAUGGGAGUGGUGAGCCCUCUAGGCCAUGAUCCAGAUGUAUUUUAUGAUAAUCUCCUGGAUGGUGCUAGUGGAAUUAGUGAGAUAGAAACUUUUGAUUGUGCCAGCUAUCCGACAAGAAUUGCGGGAGAAAUUAAAUCUUUCUCAACAGAUGGGUGGGUAGCACCUAAGCUAUCUAAGAGGAUGGACAAGUUCAUGCUUUACUUGCUCACUGCUGGGAAGAAAGCAUUGGCAUAUGGUGGAGUUACAGAGGAGGUCAUGAGUCAAGUUGACAAGACAAAAUGUGGAGUUUUAAUUGGUUCUGCUAUGGGUGGAAUGAAGGUAUUUAAUGAUGCCAUAGAAGCUCUGCGGGUCUCUUACAAGAAGAUGAACCCAUUUUGUGUGCCUUUUGCAACUACAAAUAUGGGGUCUGCAAUGCUUGCAAUGGAUCUGGGUUGGAUGGGCCCAAACUAUUCAAUCUCUACUGCUUGUGCAACCAGCAACUUUUGUAUUUUAAAUGCAGCAAACCAUAUCAUCAGAGGUGAAGCUAAUAUGAUGCUUUGUGGUGGAUCUGAUGCGGCAAUCAUACCUAUAGGUUUGGGAGGUUUUGUCGCUUGUAGAGCUCUUUCACAAAGAAACAAUGAUCCUACUAAAGCCUCUCGGCCCUGGGAUAUUGAUCGUGAUGGGUUUGUUAUGGGUGAAGGAGCUGGUGUACUUUUGUUGGAAGAACUAGAACAUGCCAAGCAAAGAGGAGCAAAGAUAUAUGCUGAAUUUCUAGGAGGAAGCUUCACUUGUGAUGCUUACCACAUGACAGAACCACAUCCAGAAGGAACUGGCAUUGUUCUCUGCAUUGAGAAGGCGCUUUUAGAAUCGGGAGUAGCCAGAGAGGAUGUGAAUUAUGUAAACGCCCAUGCAACUUCAACACUUUCUGGUGACCUGAAGGAGUACCAAGCUCUCAUUCGCUGUUUUGGCCAGAAUCCUGAGCUUCAUGUGAACUCGACAAAAUCAAUGAUUGGUCAUCUGCUUGGUGCUGCUGGUGCAGUGGAAGCUGUUGCUACAGUCAUGGCAAUACAAACUGGUUGGGUCCAUCCAAAUGUCAAUCUAGAAAAUCCAGAGAAAAGUGUGGAUGUGAAGGUGCUGGUAGGCUCAAGGAAGAAGAGACUGGAUGUGAAGGCGGCACUAUCAAACUCAUUUGGCUUCGGCGGGCACAACUCAUCCAUUCUUUUUGCACCUUACAAGUAAUUGUAGUAAAAAAAUUCAGAUACAUAUUUAAGAAUUGAUCAUCCAUCAGUAGCCCUUUUUCUGAAGUACUCAUAUCAGCAAGUUAUAGUUGAUUUGCUUCACAGUACGAAAGAGGAAUCCGAUAGCUGACGGCUCGUGUAUUUGGUCACUUGGUGUAUUACUCGGGCCCUGAUCGGUAUUGGGAAUUUGGCUUUUUUUUUAAUAUUUCCUGCUUUAUAAUUUUAUUACAUAUGAUGACAAUGCUAUAAUUGGAUUGAAAGGUCCAAAGAAAUAGGUGAAAUUAUUCUGUGAAUUUUGUAUUCUCCUUGUAAACAUUGUGGCAGGGUAAAAUUCAUUUCCAUCGUA